AGUGCAAUGAUUGCUAAUAAAAUAAAAACCAUAUUUAAAGACCAAUCAUUUGAAAAGUCAGUCCCAAGAGUUCAAACAUUGUUUCAGUGAACUGUUUAAUGAAAAUACAGAAAACAAAUUAAUAUUUAACUAAAUACUUAGUUAAUAAAAAAUCGUUAAAAAUUAUUUGUUUCAUAAUGAGUGCCGAAAAAUAUGAUAAAAAAUUAAUUUGUGUGGUUUGCGGUGAUAAGGCAUACGGUUACAAUUUUGAUGCCAUAACCUGUCCUUCUUGUAAGGUAUUCUUUAGGAGAAAUGCCUUCAAAGUUAAGGAAUUUAAAUGUUUUGCAAACAAUAAUUGCAAAAUCGAUUCAAUUAGUCGCCGCUAUUGUAAACGAUGUCGACUCGAGAAAUGCUAUUCGUUAGGCAUGAGACAGGAUUAUAUAUUGCUAUCACAACAAAUGAAAAAACAGCGAAAAUCCGGUCAAUCACUGAUGACUAGUAAUUAUAGUACUAGUAGUGAUGAUAAUGAUAGCACCGGUAGCAUAAUAUGCAGUUCUAAAAGAGAUGGUAGCACCGAUACUGACAUGGGAUCAAUUAUUGAUGAAGAUAUGUCUGAAAUAUUUGAUGGUAUCAAUUGGGUGGAUGAACCACAGACUACUGAGUCUGAUUGCGGAGAACAGGAGGAGUGUGUCAACGAAACAGAAUAUUCUGAUAGUUGUUUACUACUGAAGCCGCCAAUGGGACGACCUUUAAGUCAAUAUAAUAAUUGCCUUGAAUUGAACGUCCAGGAGGUCGACAAACUGCAAGAACUUUUAAGUGCAAUGAAGUGUCUUAUUGAUGACAGAACCGGGAGCUCAACGCCCAUACAGUCAGCAUCAGUGGCCCUGACUUACGAUGACGUCUAUUGGGUUAUUGGACUACAUAUGGAACGACAUAUUAUUGGCUUAACUCAAUUGUGUAAACAGUUGUCGUCAUUUGAUUUGAUUGUUGAUAACGAUUGGAUUGCAUUAGUAAAGUACGGCUGUUAUGACUUGUUUUGUAUGCGUUCCCUAACCAGGUAUGACCACUAUCGUGAUGUUUGGCGCUUUCAAAUGAGUAUUGAUAAUAUAAUAGACAUUGACAUGGAUUGGGUUCAUCCAAACGAUCAUCAAUUGUUUCGUAAAAUUAUAUGUAAUAUUUAUAAUGACUGGGAGUAUGACUCUACCAUAUUAGACCUGCUAACCGCUAUCAUAUUGUUUAACCCUGAUCAUCCCAUGUUGAUAAACCGCAAUUUAGUUAAACUACAGCAAAACCUUUACAUACAGUUAUUAUCGCAAUAUUUGCUCAUCAAAUGUGUGGACAAAAGUGAAUCUCAAUAUAAAUAUUGUCGACUAAUGAGAGGAGUGUCUGAUUUGAUAAGAUUUUGUCAAAACCAUCGGAAAUCAAUUGAGAGAACCGAUGCCAUGAAAGUACACCAGAGUUUGGUUCGCGAGAUAUUUGGUUUGACACCCGGUUUCUCAUAAUAUAACAUAUUUUUUCGUCAAUAAUAUUAUAUUAAAUAUA